AACAUGAACAUCAACAAAAAAGGGAAAGAACUGAUAAUUACUAAAGUUGUGGUGAGGAUGUGACGACUGACAAAUAACAGGAAGUACAAACAGUCUUAAAGAGUCAACAGUUCAGAGACUGUGACAGUCGAGAUCGAGAACAAGAAAGAAGUGAGACAGAGAAGCACGAUGGAUGAAUUCAGAUGGAUUCAAAUGUUUUUAUGUCUGAUGCUGAUGAUUCAGAUUGCAGUCUUCUCAACAGUAUCUGUAAAUGAAACAUCCAUGUUUAUGAAAGUUGGAGAUGACGUCACUCUGAUUUGUCUAAAUGUGAUAGAUGAGCAGAAUAACUGUGAUGGUACUACGUGGAUCUUUACUCCAAGAAACAAAGAAACAGUAGAGCUGAUCGAACUUGGACAGAUUGUUGAAGAAGCCAAAACUAAAUCAGACAGACUGAGUGUUACAGCGAACUGUUCUCUGCUUAUAAAGAAUCUCACAGUUGAGGAUGUUGGUCUUUAUUCCUGUCGACAAUACAAAGUCGAGGAAACACCAUCUAAACACACUCUGGUUCAUCAGUCUUUGGCUCGUCUCUCUGUUAUUACCUUGACUGAACAUAAGGACACUAAGAAGGUGAUGUUAAGCUGCUCUGUGGUGACAUAUGAACAGUGUCAUCACACAGUGAAGUGGCUGCUUAAAGGUCAAGAUGUGAACAAAGAGAACGAACAAAUAGUGACUUCACAGACUGACUGCUCCACCACUGUGUCUAUUCUGGAGAAUCAUUACUUAUACUCAUCACAUCAUAAAAUACUGAAGUGUGAAGUGACUGAUACUAAAACAGGAAAAGUGCAGCUGUUUACCUUCAGCCAUCAGACCUCAGGUGAGGAAACAGGUGACACAAAAACAACAAAGAAACCAGCCAGAAAAACUGAAACAACCACAACAAUUAAGACACUUCUAAAAUCAGAAUAUACAACAGCAAAAACUGUGGAAAGUGAAAGCACGACAGCAAACAACAAACCGUCAGGAGAUUCACAACAUGGUAACUCAACCAUGUGACUGCAAAUGAAAAGUUAAAAAUAUACUGUAAUGUAUAUUUGACUUUUUAUGUUUCUAUUUUGGUUUUUAUAUCUUUAUUCCAGUCAUUUCAUUACAUUUAUGUACAUUUAGCUGAGUGACAGUCAGACAUGUAUCCUACAAGA